GCAAUCUCUUCAAGCAAAUCACUCAUUGCUUCACAAGCACCAGUCCGACAGAAUUAUCAAAAUCUUCCUGUAACUAAACUCACUCAAAAUGACAAGUUGUCUCAAGUUUUCUCUGCUCUUGGUCUUUGCAACUGUUGCAAUUUCGAUUGUCUACACUGCGCCACCUCCGGAACGAAAAUGCCGCACAGUUUGGACCGAUCUGAAUAAAGAGGAGUUGAAAAAAAUUGGAAUUUGUACAAAGGAACUAGGAUGGAAAAGUGGGAGAGAAAAGUCUCAAAAGUCAACCUGCACAAUGAAAUGUGUUUUGAUCAAGGAAGGUUUGAUCCAGGAAGAUGGUCUAAUUUCAAUUGCGAACUACAACACUUACAUCGUUGAUCACUUUCCACCAUCCCUCCUUGAGCGGUCAAAUUCGACGUUUUAUCCAUGCUUUAAACUCUUUGAAGGAACAAAUAUUGAAGUAGAUCCAGACUGCAAGGAAUACGAGCCCUUUACUAAAUGUCUUACUAAACGAUUUGCUGAUUUAUGCAAAGGCCUUCCAUGAGCGAUUUGGACUGUUGGAUACAUUUAUUCCUACAUUUCAUAUCUUAUAUAAACAAUUAUAUUAUAAAUACGUACUGAUACACAAUUUUAUUAAAUAAUUACUAUAGAUUAAUGAAAUAAAAUUCUUGUAAACUGCAA